AUGUAGAGCUGUGGAACCAGAAUAGCAUCUGUAGCAGCUGAAGUCAUUCUAGACUCUGGCCCAGUGUCCCUGCAGCAAUUUGAUGUGGAGAUGGCAGCCAGGGUCCUGUGGGGCAGCCUUGGCCUGCUCCGCCUGGUGUGGUGUCUCCUUCCACAGACAGGCUACGUGCACCCUGAUGAGUUCUUCCAGUCUCCUGAGGUCAUAGCAGGGGAUGUCCUGGGCGUCGAGGCCGCCCGGCCCUGGGAGUUUCACCCCAGCAGCCCCUGCCGCACGGCGGUCUUCCCACUGCUGACCUCUGGCUCUGCCUUCUGGCUCCUCAGGCUCUGGGAAGAGUGGGGGCCAUGGCCGGGCGCGGUGAGUGGCUACAUGCUGCUGGUGGGGCCCCGACUCCUCCUCACUGCCCUCUCCUUUGCCCUGGACCUGGCCGUGUACCACCUGGCUCCAGGCUGGGGGGCGGAGCGCUGGAACGCCCUGCUCCUGCUGUCAGGGUCCUACGUCACCCUGGUCUUCUACACAAGGACCUUCUCCAAUGCCAUUGAGGGACUGCUCUUCGCCUGGCUGCUGGUACUGGUGUCCCCCAGGGUGGCCGGGAGCCGCACACCUAGGAAGCCCGCUCCAGGCCCACGGUGGCAUGGCUGGCUUCUUGGGGGCCUCGUGGUGGCUGGCUUCUUCAACCGGCCCACCUUUCUGGCCUUUGCUCUGGUCCCCCUCUUCCUCUGGGGCACUUGUGGAGCCACAGAUUCCAGCUUCAAGUCACUGACCCAGCAAGCCCUGGCGCUGCUCCCAGGGGCAAGUCUUACUGCAGUGGUAUUUGUGGCUGUGGACAGCUGGUACUUCUCUGGUCCAUCUAGACCCAGCACCCUUGUCCUUACGCCUGCCAACUUCUUGCGCUACAACCUGGAUCCGGUGAACCUGGCAAGGCACGGCACACAUGCGAGGCUCACUCACCUGGCUGUCAAUGGCUUCCUGCUGUUUGGGGCACUGCACGCCCAUAGCCUGCAGGCUGCGUGGCAGCAGCUGUGGGCUGGCUUGCAGGCCUUUGCCCAGAUGGGCUUCCCAAGGACACUGGAAGCCUGGAGCCCACGGCCCAGCCCCAGGUCUCUCCUCCUGCUCUUCUACUUUGUGCCCCUCACCCUGCUGUCUGCCUUUAGCCACCAGGAGGCUCGGUUCCUGAUCCCCCUCCUGGUGCCCCUUGUCCUGCUCUGUAGUCUGCAGACCCAGCCAGCCCCCUGCAGGGGCACUCUGGCCCUCUUCAACAUCCUGGGUGCCCUCUUCUUCGGCUGUCUGCACCAGGGGGGCCUUGUGCCUGGCCUGGGGCACCUGGAGCGGGUGGUUCAUGCCCCUGAGGCCCUGCGUGUACCCACCCACUUCACACUCGUCUUCACCCACACCUACAUGCCCCCCCGGCACCUCCUGCACCUCCCAGGCUUGGGCUUGCCAGUGGACGUGGUGGACAUGGGCGGGGCUGAGGACCAGGUCCUGUGCCAAGCCCUGAACAACUUCACCAGACACCCAGCCUGCCAAGCGGCCGGGGGGCCAUGGCUCUGCCGCCUGUUUGUGGUGACCCCUGGCACCACCAGGCUGGCCGUGAGGAAGUGCCGCUUCCCACUCAGGAGUGAGACGCUCAUCUUUCCCCACCUGACCCUGGAGGACCCACCAGCCCUGUCCUCCCUGCUGAGCAAGGCUUGGAGGGACCAUCUCAGCCUUCAUAUCCUAGAGCUGGGGGAGAAGCCUGACAAUAUGACACAGAAGCCACUGCCCAAGACUCAGCCCUAAGUGAGGGCCCCUUUCCACCUCUAAGUGUUGGCUAGACUGGGACAGAGCCUGAUUCUCUUCCUUUCCUUUCCCUUCCAGAAUCCCCACCACUGCCUCUCCUGUGCAGUUCCACCUCCUGGGUAAACUGACAUUCACUUCCCCUCAAAAACCAAAGAUCUGAUCAGUCAUGGUCCUGACGCCAAGGUCCCCAAAGAACCUAAUGUAAUCAGUGAUGCCAAAUGUCUAUUCCUGCCCUAUU